GAAUCCGAAAUAGUUCCCAGCUUUUGUGCCUUUUCAGGGAAGAGUCCCUUAAUUUGCCUCAGCCUUUGUUUAGAAGAAUAAUUCUAAAUUAUAUUUCCAAGAUUGUUCCCUCUUGUUCCAACUUCCUUGUGUAGAGAAAGAGAACUUCUACUAAACAAAUGUUUCAGAUACUUCAAUUUUCUUUCCUAUUUAUUUACUCAAAAGCUUGCAGUACACGUUCGAUGUAAACAUCCUCAAUUCAUUUGACCAUGUUGUUCCUGCUCCAAGGCCAAUAGAUGUCUGAGAUUUUGGGCCGAAAGCAACAAGCAACACUCCUGAUGCGACUCCACCACGACUCGUUCUUGCUGAAGGGCAAUUUUCUCCAACAUUUUGUAACUCAGUAUUAUCGACUGCUUUCUUGGAUUCGGGUCCGCAUUAACGACAAUUCAUGUUUUUAAUUAAUUGCCUGUGUGUAUCCAGUCGCAGUGUGGGAAGAUGGAACAGAGUUUGGCUCAACCUGCCCCCCAACUUCACCCAACCUUGACCUUGAUGUAACCUCCAGCAGCCAAAACUGGAAUUGAUUGCUCCUGGUCCUAACUUAUAACGUUUAAAUCAUUCUUCUGAGUUGCUGAUAUGAGUAUCAUGUGUUCCCAGAUAUCCUCCCGUCUGUUCGAGAGACUCCCUCCCAAAGAGCAACUUUGACUGGAUCCAGAGAUAAUAGACACUACAGGGGAAUGAGAAACAUGGAUUCCUAUGAUCACGACCGUCCCAUCAGCUACAGUUCCACAUCUUCUUCUGCCUCCUCCAGGGAUAGCCGCUGUUCCUUGAGCAGUGGAAUGACUCUGGUCUCCAAUAGCCACUUGGGUCCUGCCGGCCAGGAGAAGGAAGCUGGGGCCAUCAGGUUGGAGUUGAUUCCGACAAGGCAAUUAUCUGGGGAGGAGCUGCACGGAAGGAGCAAGCCGGGUUGUGCAAAAUCUGGAGAGGUCGUAGAGAAGAGAAUGGCAUUUGGUGGGAUUAAGAGAGUUGACUCCAGGGUGACCAGCAAGAUCCGUGCCACCUCGCCAGGGCCAGCAUCUGGAAGUUCCAAGCUCCUUUACGUAGAUAGAGUAGUGCAGGAAAUCCUGGAGACAGAGCGGGCCUAUGUUCAAGAUCUACAGAGCAUUGUGAAGGACUAUCUUAACUGUAUCACAGACCAAUCAAGGCUCCCCCUGGGGACAGAAGACCGCUUGGCCUUGUUUGGGAAUAUUGGCGACAUCUACCGCUUCAACAGUGAACUGCUUCGUGACCUGGAGAGCUGUGAUAGCGACCCAGUUGCAAUUGCAGAAUGUUUUGUAGCAAAGAGUGAAGAGUUCCACAUCUAUACACAGUAUUGCACCAACUAUCCCAGAUCCGUAGCGGUGUUAACUGAAUGUAUGAGGAACAAAGUGCUGGCUAAGUUCUUCAGAGAGCGACAGGAGGCCUUGAAACACUCUCUCCCACUGGGAUCCUACCUUCUCAAACCUGUGCAGCGCAUCCUAAAAUACCAUCUUCUCUUGCAUGAAAUAGUGAGCCACCUGGAGAAAGACACAGAGUGCUAUGAUGUGGUGCAGGAUGCCAUUGACACAAUGCAGAGGGUAGCUUGGCACAUCAAUGACAUGAAGAGGAAACACGAGCACGCCGUACGGCUGCAGGAGAUUCAAAGCCUGCUGACAAAUUGGAAAGGUCCAGACUUGACCAGCUAUGGAGAACUGGUCUUGGAGGGAACAUUUCGCUUUCAGCGGGCCAAAAAUGAACGCACUUUGUUUCUUUUAGAUAAGCUUCUUCUCAUCACUAAAAAAAGGGAAGAAACAUAUGCCUAUAAAGCUCAUAUUUUGUGUUGUAAUUUGAUGCUUGUGGAGGUGAUUCCAAAGGAGCCUCUUGGUUUCAGUGUUUUCCACUACAAGAAUCCCAAAGUACAGCACACAGUACAGGCCAAGUCAAUGCAGGACAAGAGGCUUUGGAUUCUUCAUCUGAAGAGGCUUAUUCUUGAAAAUCAUCCAGCCAAGAUCCCAGCCAAGGCUAAACAAGCAAUUCUGGAGAUGGAUGCUAUCCAUCACCCUGGUUUCCACUACAGCCCAGAGGGUGAAAGGAAAGCAGAUGUAGAGGAUGGAAUCACACCACGCAGAGUCCGAAGGAAGUCUGAGCCAUCGGCAAGAAUGAAGACUCCCAAACAAAUGGAUACCAGACAAGACAAGCGUAACAGUGUUGAAGGAUCCCUCUAUUCUCCAUCUGUGGAAGUGUUAUCCAGUGAAACUACCCUCGACUCAAAGAACAAGAUCAAUGCACUAUCUUGUGGCGAUGUGGUCAGCCAAUCACGGGAAUCCUUGGAGCCGGCCUAUCCAGGUGACCUCGAAGAAAGCCUUCACCUACGGCCCUUGGACCAGACUGAUGCUGAUGAUGAAGAAGAAGUUGAACAGAUCACAUCCAAAACUACAGCGAAAGAGAGCCACCAGUUCUCCGUUCAUUCAGCGUGUCAAGGUGCCAAGCUGGUGGGCCUUGCUGCAGGGUGGGAUGAAGAUGUGAUCCGGGCGGUGGACAAUGGUGGGCCCAGAACCGAGCGGGCCCAGACCGGCGUCGGCCGGGACUCCUACCCUGGCCCAGCCUCGCCCCGCAGGAGCGGUGACUAUCAGGUGUUUGUUCCGGCCGCCUCAGCACCCGAGCUAUACUCCACGCCGAUGAGCCUAUUCCUCGGUGCAGCUGGCUACCGACACCCAGCCCGGGAGUAUCCGUCCAGCGGCCCAGAUCGCAGGAUCGUCCGGCGGGCCAGCAGCGCUGGAGAGAGCCGCUCCAGCUGCCGAGCCGGGAGUGAUAGAGGUCGCUUGUCAGCGAGCCUGCACCAGGCCGUGAGGCCGGAGGCACCGGCUGGGGAGCAGGACGUCGGCAGAGCUCUGCCCCGACUGGGCCUGGAAGAGCAAGACCGAGGCCAGGCAGACAUGGGGACCCAGGGCCUGACUGCUGCCAUGGCAUCGCCCAAGCGGGAACUGCCGGUGCUGGAGUGCAUGGAGGGGAGGCCAACGCCGUCUGAGAAGGCCCCCAAGAAGCUGAAGAAUGACUGGGAGGUCUGUGGCGACCGAGGCAGCUUCCCGGGCCUGGGAAGGAGUACGGACGGUGAUUUGGCCUGCUGCGGCCUGGGAGGCUUUGCCUCCGAGGAGAGCCUGCGGGGCAGCGGCGAUGACGCGUCGGAGCGCAGCCGGUCGCCGGUCAAGCGUGGUCCGGGGUGGACCGGCAGCUCCUCCAACUCCAACUCGGCAUCGCGGGAGUCGGUGCCUGACAAGCUGUCGGAGGAAGUGGACGAGAUCUGGAAUGACCUGGAGGACUACAUCAGGAGGAGCGAGGAGACCAGGCGAGACCGGCUGCCCGCAGCUUUUCCCGUCAACCAGGAUGAAGUGGGCGCGCCAGGCGGCCAGAGACUCUGGCAGGCCGCUGGCCCCGGGCUGGUGGAGGCUGAAGAUGACAAGCCCGCCAGGCUGAGCACCGCCAGCAUGGGGACCGACGGCGGCGGCGAGCCGAGCAGAGAGGCCUCGCCGCUGAGCACCAGCGCUGCCACCUCGGCAGAUGGUGAGGGGCUGGAGGCAGACAGCCCACUGGGCAGCACCGAGGCAGUUGGCCAAGAGCUGGACCUCGUGGACCGCACCAAACGCAGGGUGUACUACAUGGCUCGGCAGUAUAGCCAGAAGAUCAAGAAAGCCAACCAGCUUCUGAAGAUGAAGAACGCGGGGGAGCAGUCGCCGUCCGACCAGCCCAAGCGGAAGUGCAAGGACCUGGCAGCUAUCCUGGAGGAGAAGAAACAAGGUGGCACUGCCAUUGGAGCUCGGAUUGCCGAAUACUCCCAGCUGUACGACCAGCUCCUUUUCCGGGAAACUCCCCCCAGAUCUUCGAUGGCAUCGACGGACAGCGAGGGGUGGUCACGUGGCUCUCCCCAGGGUCUACUGUCCGCCUGCAGCUCCCGCGGGCACAGCCUAGACGUCGAAGACUGGCUGCUGCACUCCACCUACAGCAACGGGGAGCUGGCAGACUUUGUGGGCUGGCCAGACAUCCAGGAGCUGGCAGCUAAAUAUUCCACACAAGCAGCGGGAACAUGCCUGCAGGCCAGGGGAGGGUUAACUGGCUCGUCCCCCUCAGUGGCUGCUGGCCACCCUCCAGAGCAACGCUGGAGUGCCCUAGUCAUACCGCCCAAUGGCCCUGGCUGCUCGGCGCUGCGCGGCUGCCAGACGCUGGGAUGGAGGGAGGCCGGGGCGAGGGGGGUGUCCCUGUCCUCCCCCUCGGUGGCGGCCCCCGACUGCGGCACUGGGGCCACCUCAGCUGGACUGGCACUGGAGGCUGAGCGGCCCAAACUGACGCUGCAGGAUCCCCGGCAAGUGGUGCUGGUGGGCAGGAGCCCAGCACUGGACGCCCGCUCAGCAACACGAAACUACCUGGCGAACUUCAACGACGCAGGUGAGGACGACGAGGACUACGUGGAAAUCCGCUCCGAGGAUGAGGACUACGAGGAGCUGGACGAGGGCAGCCUGGCCGCCGACGCCCUUCUGCCAGCUGGUGGCGUGGCGGAGCCUGGGCCACAGGCUCGCCAGAACAGUACCUCCUGCAGCCCCGGAGUGUCCAGCUCCUUGUCUACGCUGACCGAGCCUGACCAGCUGAGCCAUUACCUCUGGCGGGAGUCCUCCCCUGGCCAGCAGAACAUCGUACAGACGCUGCGGGACAAGUUCCAAUGCCUCAGCUCCAGCAGCUUCGCGUAGGGGCAAGGCUGGCCCGGACUUGGAACGCUGGGCAGGGGAAAGAGCAAAGGGAAACUAGAUAUGUGUUGACUCACUCUGAUAGAUCGCUGGCUGCACUCCUUGACCGAGUCAUAGUGUAGAGUAGUAUCUAGAUUUGGAGAAGGUGCGUGUUUAUCACAAUUUAAUAAAAAAAAAACAAUGCAAAUAAAUGUUUACUUUUGUACAUAUAGAGAAUCACUGGCUGAAUCAUGAGCAAAAGACGCAACUACAGCAGGGAAUGCAGUGAGCAUCGUGGAUAGUGAUGUUACCUGGUGCCUCUUGAGACGGAAAUGAUUGGUGAUGGUGUCCGUGGCUGGUUCUGGCAUGGAGCUAAUAUCUGUAGCCUCUUCACGUAGUGGUCUUGCAUUCACUAUCUCACACUUGGAUGUGUUAGCCAGCUGGAAGUGACCCAAGUGGGUGUUGCCACGUACUCAGGAGUCCUACGCACCCCCCCCUCCCAAGACUGAAAAUAUUACUGAUCUGGUUGCACAUAAUAAAUGGUUUAUUUAUUCAGGACCCCCCCCCCCCCAUUUUGAGGCUGGUGUGAGACCGCUGAAAUUGAGAAAUGCACAAAAGUGGCAGUUGGUGUGAUUGAGGGGAAACGUCUUGUGUGUGAGGUUCCAAGUGUGACCUUGGCCUGUGUCAGAAGUAAAUCCGUUGUGAGGGAGGAGGCCCACACUUGAUUGUUGCCUGUCAUUUCCCACCAGACCCAUCUUGCGAUAAUAAGAACUCAAUACUGGAAGUACUUAGCAUCCGUGUGAAGAGCAGAGCUGUUGAGGUUUGGUGGAUGAUCAUUGAUCUGAAACAUGAUUCUGCUUCUCCCUCCACGGAUGUCCAACCAGCAUCUGUUUGUUAAAUUUGAUUUCCGUCAUCUGCAGCUUCUUGUUUUUCAAGAUCUCAGUGGUCCUGCAGGCAAAUUCACUGUGAACAGAGCUCUGUGCAGUUAACAAACCAGCUGGAAAACAAGCUAUCUUCAUGGUUGAACCAGCUUCACCUGCCAUCCCAUACGGUUAACGUCAUGCACCCACCAACAUUUUACCUUCAAUCUCAUCCUUGACUAUUGCCUACAGAAUGUGAGACUCUAAUCCCAGAUACUAAUAAUACAAGCUUUCCAUCAUCUCCAGCUUACUUGCGCUAGCAACCAUUGUCUUGCUAACUUAAACUCUGGAGCAUUCCAACGUCCCCAUCAUUUAAUCAUUCUUAAAGGAAUGGCAGCAUUUCUGCUGGCCAGGAAUAGGCAGCAUUUCUGCUGGCCAGGAAUAGGCAGCAUGUCAUUUAAACAAUGUGUUUUGUGAAGUUGGGUGGAGAGAGCUAAUGACAGAGAUAGGUGGUACUCUCUAUGCAGAGAUGCCUGCUGGUGAAUGGGCCUCAACCAUUUGUUCAGGUCCAUCGUUUGGAUUUGAGGAGUUGUUGCCUAUUGGAACAAGGUCAGCUGAUUAAAGGAGGCCACAACCUUUUCUGGAGGUUGAAGGGAAUACACCACUUAUAGGGCAACGUCGUAGUACAUUUUCAAAUCAGUUUCUGAUCAAGACCAAGAGAUUUAUUUCUGUAUUUUUGACUUAUGUACCUAGUCUCAUAUUUCCUGUACUGCUGGUAGUUGUCCCAAUUUAAAGAACUGGUUUAUUAAUCUCCUUUCCUACAUAGUCUAUUUGAUGACAGAUGCGUGGGUGUGUGGAACUUGUCUCCAACCUUUCUCCCUCAGACAGUCCCUCUAUUUACAUUCAAAUUCCUGGAAGGUUACCUGUUACUGGUGGUGCAAACCUUAAAGAUUAAUUGUUCACUAUAAUGAGUCCAUAUCAAUGCUCAGUGAAGACUUUGGUUUAAAAUCAUUAAUUAUCAGUCCAAAAGUUGUCUCUACCACUUUUCUUUUGUUCCAUGGAAGUGCUGAAAACCAAUAAUUUAUGCAGGUUCACAAUAAAGGUUGUAGAAUCAAGAUUGGACACAAACCGAUUUCAGGCUUGGCAUUUGUGCCACCCAGCCUACAUGAAACUGGGAAGAAUUAAAAUGUUCAGACACACAGCAUCUAAUGGUCAAGUUUAGAAAUAUUAUCCCUUGAGUUGUUUCUGUUUGGUUCCCUAUUUGAUUGAAUGAUCUGGAGAAACCAGAAGGUGGUGAGAUCACUCAUCAAUUAUCUCUCGGUUUAUUGGUGUGCAGUAGUGUUGGGGAGUCUUUCAGAGGAGGGCUACAAAGCUGCUCCGGAGGAUGGACUGGGCAUGCACAAGUUUGACCUUCAAUGCACAAAAUAUACCCACAUAGUCUAUGUGCUCCUGGAAUACAUCUCUGCUUCAUAUAAUUAUGCAACAUGACUGGCAAUGUUUGGUUUCAGUUGCAUAGCUGCAUUUUCUUCAAUUUAUAGAAAAUCAGACAAACAAAUUGUGACUUUUUCCCUGAAGCAAAAGACAUUGCUUUUUAUUUUAAGCAAUAAUGAAAUGCACUUGAUGCAGUAACUUGAGAUUUCACUGACUUCUAAUUGUAAAAAUCUGUAGGUGGGAACAGUCUUCACAAAGUUUAAAGCUUGUAAAUUUCAUAUAAGUAUAUUUUUAAAAUAACAGUAGGUCAAUAUUUUAUUGUAAUGCUCCUUUACAGGAGGUUUGUUGUAGUUUAAUAUGUUAAUUCAAGAAUCAUUGAACUGGAGAGAUGAGAUCCUGGUGAUGUAUUUCGGAAAAAACUACCAGGAUUUCUCAUUAACUGUUUAAUUCUGUCAUUCCAUCAGAAGCUACACUGUACAGAGUACAUUACCAAGAAUUGAUCUUCAGUCAUACGAGAUCUUUGGCCAAGUUCACUUGCAGUUCUGACAUUUGUUACAUGGGAUAUAUUUGUCAGUUGUUGAAACAGAAAUGAUUGUUGAGUUGACCAACUUGUUAAUAAAAAAAAAAUAAAGUUAUCUAUCUCAAAGACUUCAGUUCUCAUGUCUUAUCCUAUGGAUGAGAAUUUGAGCUGGAAAUGACUUCCAAGAACAAAUUUGCACUUUUUAUGGUUAUUUUGUAAAACAAAAUGAAUGUUGAACAUGUAGCAAAAGAUGAAAAAAAAUUGAUGCUUGCUUUAUUAAUUUUACUAUGCUCAAAUUGUUGAGCCUAAUGCAUGCCAAAUCGCCAGGAAUAGUUUGAAUAUUUUGUUUUUUUUUAAGUGAAUGUUUUCUGUGUGGAGGGACAGAGUGCUGUACAUAAAUGUUUGAAAUAAAUAAUUGAA